AUGGAACGUUGGCGCGCGCAUGUUGCCAAUGCCGUCGAAAUGUUCACUCUCGAUCUCCGGACUCUUUUGGAACCAAGGGGGUUCAUUCGCGUCCUACAAGUGGUUUUCGCCAUCCUAGCGUUCUCUAUCGCCUGUAGCUACAAGAGCUCUUCGGACGUCACCGUGAAAUGCGGUGCCAACAGCAAAACGUGGACUGUCGAAUCGACAUACCCUUUCAGUCCAGAGUUGCUAGACUUCGAUCCACCAGAAGGAUGCUUGGAUCCGAGGAUGAUCCGAGUCCCGUCAAUGGCCUGCGGUGUUCAGGGCAAGGCCGAAUUCUUCGUGACCGUCGGGGUCCUCAGUCUCUUCGUGUGCCUCGUCACCCUGCCAGUUUACCUGUGCAAAACUGAAUAUUAUGAAAACAAUACGUGGCUUCCCCUGCUGGAUUUCGGCGUCACUGCGGUCAUGACAUCGCUGUGGUUCGUUUCGUCCUGUGUCUGGAGUGAUGCGGUGAGCUCGAUCAAGAGAUAUUCGGAUCCGACGAGUCUCGCGAAGCUGAUACCCGCUUGCACCGCGGGUGCGGACUGCGGACCGAUUCAUGAAGCCAAGUACACUUCGCUCAACAUCGCUGCAAUCCUAGGAUUCACCAACAUCAUAUUGUGGGCCGGUUCUUCAUGGUUCGUCUAUAAGGAAACCUCGCUGCACUCUCAGCCACCUCAAGAGACGCCGAACAGUCCGCAGCGACCCCGACCCGCGUCGAGCAAUCCACCGUCGCAGCAAGCCCCACCGAAGCCACCAACACCAACGAUGACGGCGCAGUAUUAGCGAUAAGAACGAGAUCACGAGUUAUCUCGGAACGCUGGAAGCCGUUCGCGUACUCUGCCAUUUUUCGUCGAUCACGUUUCGUUAAUAUCAGCUUCUGUUACCAUGAUGGGGACAGCCCUCUUCCCGCGGGCUGGAACAGGUAGAACUUUAGUCAUUCCAAACUGCCCGAGGCGAAUUAUUAGAACGCCGACCGUCGAAUCCUCGGUAGAUGGAGGAAUCCUGCCGCGCACAGAGACUCUGCGGGAAAUAAUAAUGACAAUAAAGUAAUGCAUGC